CCGGCCGCCGACGGGGCCUUCGCGCGGCUGGUGCACGCCCUGCGGCCCGGCACCGGCGCCCGGAGGGCGCCCGCCGCGGCAGAGAUCGCCGCAGAGCGGCGGCAGGCGGCACCUGCCGGUCGUGACUGCCGCUGGGCGCGCUCGGCGCACGGCGCGUCUCUCGCCGAGUACUCCGCCGACCUGCGAGCCUCGUUUGCCCGGCGCGCGCCUCCGUCGGGCUGGCCCUGCGCGCCCGGCACCGGCGGAUCAUCCGAUUCGCCCGGCCGCGGGCGGGGCGGCACCCGGGCCGCCCUCCUGGACUGGCUGGUCGACGUGCACGCCGCGCGCCACAGGCUCCCGGAGACGCUCUUCCUCGCCGCCUCACUGAUCGACCGCUACGUCGCCCUGAGGCCGCCCCCGUUGGAGAAGUUGCAGCUCGCGGGCAUAGUCGCCCUCUCGCUGGCGGCCAAGUUUGAGGAGGACGGCCCGUUGCGAAUGGAGGACAUGCGAGAGUUGACGGACAAGGCGUACACCAUAGACGAGUUCAAGAGCAUGGAAGUGGGCAUGCUCGUCACAUUGGAUUUCCGUCUCUGCUCCACAACGGCAGUUCACCACUUGGGCAUUGCUCAUGCAACAGACCCUUGCCCAGAGAUGCAGCAAUGCCUGGCCCAAUACCUCUUGGAAUUAUCGCUCUUUGACCAAGCCCUAUGCGCCUGCGCUCCAUCGCGCCUUGCUGCAGCCGCAGCGUUGUUGAGCUCAGCGUUGGUGCGACGCCAGCCCCUGGAGCUCCCGAUGUCGAAGGAAUCUAGCAGAAUUAAUAUGCACGGAGGCGGAUCAAAGGAUGCGCCAGGUUGAUGUACGCAUGUGUGAAGCGGGCAGGGCAAGAUGAUCACCAUGCAGUUCUCAGGAAGUUCUCGCAGCCAGCUCGGCUUGAAGUUGCCCGGCUCUACAGCCGCGAUGCUGUGGUGCGGAGCAGCGUCCUGUUCGAACCGGCGCAGGGGGACCGCAGCGAGAACCGCAGCGCCAACAGAGGUGCUCGCAAGCGCUCGCUGGAAGAGCAGGGUGUGGACAGCGAGGGGAGCCAGCGCAAGCACAGCGCGGGCACUCUCAGCCACGCGUGCCUGCAGCUGGCCCUCUUCUCGGUGGCCUCCGGAGGGAGGGCUGGCGCCGCGCGGUUACGCUGAGGGUGUCACCGGUCCCGGCGUGCCGCCGCACGGGGCCGCCACCCGAGCGCGGUGGGGGACUAGGAGAGAGAGAGAGAGAGAGAGACAGAGGGCGGACACGCACGAGCCGCCUGACAACGAGGUGGCUGAUAUCCAUGCAAAGCAGCAUCCGGCCGUGCCGUGGGCAGGCGGGUGUUCCUUUUGGAGCGAAUUCGUGCGCGCCGCGGUGUGCGGGCGCUCAGAGUUCUCCUCCCCUCCCUUUGCGCCGCCUCCUGGGUGACCUCCUCCUGCGUUCCUCCUGCCCCGCCUCCUUCCACGCCGUCCUGC